AUGUUCGCUGCCUUCCGCUUCGGGAACGAUCUCUGGGAUCCAUCCUACCGCUUCGAGACCUCGUGGCUUCUGCCUCCCUACCUGCUGGCUGCUUGUCGCGCGCUGAUUAGUCUCUACAUCUUCGUCACCCGCUUCUUCAUCAUCGGUUGGACAUGCACCCACGCUGAGGAUGGCGGCUGCACGAUUGUCGGCCAGAGCUUCUCAUACUUCACCGUCCUCACCUACUGGGGUCUAGCCUUCUACUUCCUCGUCUCCGCCAUCCACACCUUCACCUACGCGCACUCGGGCUCCCCUCUCCUCGACCGCUUCCCGCGCCCUCUGCAGGCCCUCCACGCCUUCUACUACACGACCAUCACCACCUACCCGUUCAUCGUCACGAUUGUGUACUGGGCGAUUAUCUACUCGGGUCCUUGGUACGAGGAGGAAUUCAACGCAUGGAGUAACGUCUCCCAGCACGCAAUGAACUCGGGCUUCGCCCUGUUCGAGAUCAUCAUCCCCCGCACGAGCGCCGCCCAGCUCGAGUGGGUGCACAUGCUCUGGCUCAUCAUCGUCCUCGCCCUGUACCUGGCCCUCGCCUACGUCACCCACGCCACGCAGGGCUUCUACACGUACGACUUCCUCGACAUCCAGAAGAACGGCAGCGGCAAGACGGCGGCGUACAUCAUCGGCAUCGCCGUCGCCGGUAUCGUCUUCUACCUCGUCGUCAAGGGCCUUAUCUGGCUCAGAGAGUGGGUGACGGAGCGCAAGCUGGGCAUGGACGGCAAGUUUGCCCAGCAGCGUUUCCGCAACUACGAUACCGAGCUGGGCACCAUCAACAGCAAGCACUAG